UAGGCAGUUCUUUUAGAUGUACUGAAUCACUAGAAUCAGUUCACUAAAAAGAUUUGUGCAAAAGAUUCGUUCACUGAAUCACCAAAUCAUUCAGCGCUUGGCAGGAGGAGCCUACAACCCCGACCUCCUGAACUGAUACACGGCUGAAAGUUCAGGAUUCAGUUCAAUUCAUACUAGAAGAAUUCACACUGAACAUGCACCGUUCCCUCGCAAACUGCAGCAAUGAUAUGCUGCAGGUUUAAUGCACUACUUGUUCUUUGCUGUGUCUUUUUGUAUGCAAGUUGUUGUGGUGGCAAUUUCGCAGUGAAAAAAAAGGUCAUUUUGUCCAACAAAAAUGAUUCCAGAGAAUGUAGUUCACCAAGUGAUUUAGGCGUUGGUGCAUCUGGUCCCUCGUUCGCCGGCUGCCUGGCAAUGCUUUUUCUCACGUCAGCUCAACUGAAGUGAGAAACGAACGAAACACUCGAAGAAGUGAUUCGGUUCAGAAUGUUCAUUUAAAUGACUCGGUUCUUUUGAAAGAACCGUUCGCCAACGACACAACACCACUUAGAGCUAGAGCUAAUGUUAGCAAGUAACGCUACUUACGCUAACGUCACACAAUCGUCAUUUCCGUCGCCGUUAAACUCAAGGAAACUAAACGGUUAAACUUCAGACACAGCCAAAGUGAAACCGAGGGUAGUUAACACUAAAAGACAAUCAAAACAACUGUUGGUAGUGUUUUUACUUAGCAGCGGUGUUUGGACAAACCCCGUGACCGGCGGUUGGUUAAGGACGUGUCGCUAAAUUUAAGGUAGCAGGCAGCGGUCGAGGUUGAGGGGGGGUGGUUGCCUACAGAAAUAGCCUCUCGAGCUAGCAGGCUAACACGCGGCCAGGGAAGCGUAUUUCAAAAUUUUCUAUUUUGUCGACCUGUUUUUAUAAUAAGACGUUGUAUUAACAACUCCGUGGGUCAUUUUGAGUGACACCACACUAAUCAGGGCCUCUGUGUGGAUGGGGAAAUAGCGAUCGAGUGUGGCCGAAGAGGUAGCCAGCCAGCAGUCCUGAUAAACAUGGAGGAUGAGGAGGUUGCAGAAAGCUGGGAAGAAGCAGCCGACAGCGGGGUGAGAAAAAACACUGGCAUAUAAAUAAUACAGCAGUUAAGUUUGUCAAACAUAAGAAAACCCUGCGGCAGACUGGAAGUGUCCAGCAUCCGUAUAUAUAAUCUUGUUAUCUAUGUGAGCGUGUUUUCUGGUCUGAGAAAGUCGUCCUUCUUUUUAGGUGACUCUCACUGUCCGGUAAAAAAGGGGACCGAUUGUGGCUCUGUAUAUGUUCGUCACAUAAGAACUGAGAAUAUAUGAUGGAAACCCAAACAGAAGGCCUCUUUCUUGGUUAAAGUGUAUUCCAUCCAGUUUUAUCCCCUAUCCUUUAGACCCGCCCAUUGCGGAAAUGACAGGCCGCUCUGGGGUGAAUCCCUACAAUACAAUCAAACCAGUUGUGUUGAAUGUUUUAAACAAAACUAUUUGGACUGUUAUCAGUUGGAUCCUGAGGGUUUUCUUGACUGUGUUUAUAGGCCGAACUAGUUAAAUGUGGUUGUUGCAACGUCUGUAGGAUGAUCUGUGAGGUGUAGAGACUGUUGUUACUGUCAACAUACAGUAACUCAGUAAGAUAACCCUUAUUAUCAAAUUUACACUCGCUAGCUAAGGCGCAAUGCAACUAAACACGACAUCUAGACUGAUAGUUAUUACAUUUGAUUGUUGGGUUGCAUGAUUUUAUCCCACUUUUGUAGUUUUAUAAUAAACAGACAAACCUCUACCAAGGUAUGGACAGUUUGGAUCAACCCCGUAACAGUCUAAAGAUGCUGUACACAAUACAAUUACUGAAAUUCCUUUUUCAUACAGUUGCUGUACUGUUAAAGGGAUACUGCGGCGUGAAGUUAAGUUAGGGUCAAACACACCUGAGUUUGACACCCUGUUGAGAGAUGACUGUUGGCAACUGCUUGCUUCUGUAGUUAUACCAACUUUAGUAACGACCGCACGAUAGCAAUACACAAGGCCACGCGCUAAACCAAAACACCACUCUAUAACCACAAAUAAUGCUCAGAACAGCACCUAACUUCAUCAACAAUACAUAAAGAGUCCUAGCCACCAAACAUCAUUUUAAUUUUGCCUAAUUUCUUUAGCAAAGAGACUAAACACAACUCACCUACUCUCUUCCAGCAGCCGCUUGUUUGUACGGAGACCUCCGGGCGAGUCCAUCGACUGCAGCGGGGUUACGCAGCUCAAGAAAGAACAUUUAUGAUCAUUACUUUAUCAUUUCUUUGAAGUAAUAAUCAUCAUCUUAAUCAUUUUGCACUGCAGACGUGGUAGUUCUUCUGCCUUAGUGUAUCCGUCUGAUUGCAUUUCAAUGAGGAAAUGAUCAUAAAUUGUUGUUCCUUGUGCUGCGUCACCCCGCUGCAGUCAAUGGACUCGCCCGGAGGUCUCUGUACAAACAAGCGGCUGCUGGAGGAGAGUGGGUGAAACUCUUUGCUAAAGAAACCAGGCAAAGCUAAAAAGAUGUUUGGUGUCUAGUACUAUGUCUGUGACCCUAUAUGUCCUGUUGAUGAAGUUAGGUGCUGUUCUGAGCAUUAUUUGUGGCUAUAGAGUGGUGUUUUGGUUGAAGCGUGGCUCUGUGUAUUGCUAUUGUGCGGUCGUUACUAAAGUUGGUAUAACUAGAGAAGCAAGCGGUCGGCAACAUUCAUCUCUGGACGGGGUGUCUAACUCGGUGUUACGGUGUGUUUGACUCUAACUUAUUUUUACGCCUUAAUAUCCCUUUAAGGCCCCUUUUCACUACCUAAAUUGCAAAGAGGACUUAACAAAUUACAUUUCUAUCUGUUAUCCUCAUCCCCCAUUUUGUGUAUAUUUUCCUAUUUUGAGAUUCAAUUAAUAUUCAGUUGUAUUUAUAUAGCACUUUAAAUAUAGAUUAUAUCUAAGUUGACUUGGUUUAGAAACCCAUCAGCUCUGAUACAGGCAACAGUGGCAAGAAAAAGCUCUGUGGGAUGAUUAGACCCACUUAGGCAUGUGGUCGACAACUGCAAUCUUAAAGAGUGAGGAAUCAACAAAAUAGCCCAAAUCCUUUGGCAAAGCUGUAUGAUUACUGACUCCUGUUAGUGGGUGAGGCAUGAUUGCGUAAGGACACAGAUAAAAGGAACAGACAAGAACUCGAUGCAUUCAAUCCCCAGCUGUCUAAUCCAAUAGCAGUGCAACCACCUUAGAGUGCUAUACUUUGACAUUCAGAUCAAUAGGACCAAAGAUUGACCUGCUCUGAAAUAAAAAAAUGUAAUAUAACUAGUUUUUUUUCCCUCCUCAGGAAAUAGAGCGAAGACUUGAGCAAAAGUUGAAAAUAAAUCAAGAGGCAAAGUAAGCAAAGAGAACACUUAUAUGUUGCAUUUUUGGUGAAAAUAUAAAAUGAUUUUCCAACAUUUUUUACCAUUCAUUUGCUUCCUUAAACAGAAAAUCCAGCUUUGUUCCGACUGGUUCACCUGUUCGAACUGCUGUUGUGAUCCAGGAUGACUCUUUGCCUGCAGCACCCCCACCACAAAUACGAAUCUUGAAACGGCCCUCAAACAAUGGUAUCGCAGGAAACCCCGCAUCCUCAACUCGACCUUCUCAGCAGAUGAAGUCUUUAGCCCAACGUGAGGCCGAGUAUGCCGAAGCCCGGAGAAGGAUUUUGGGUAGUGCUUCUUCAGAUGAAACUCCUCAGGACAAUCCAAGUCAGGACAGGUAUGGCUUGAAAAACUAGAGGUUGAAAUAGAAUUUUUACUGUUGCUAAAACUAGAAAAAGCCCCAAAAAGACAAGUUAUGGCAUGUAAUCUAUUUUCAUUCCUCCAUAUCUAUAGGCCAGCUCGUGUGGGUGGGCAGCAACCGUCAGAACAAGUUCGUCCAAACAGUAAUGUGAUCCGCCAGCCCACUGGUCCAGAUGGCACUCCAGGCUUCCGCUUCGGCAGAUAAACAGGAGCUACCUGGAGUGAGAAAUCCACUGUCUCCCUAAGAGGACAUAGAGGGUGGCAAUCUAAAGGGAUGUGUGCGGUAUUAAGAGUAGAGUUGGGGGUGACAAAUGUAUUGGACAGACAUUAGAAAUAUGAACACGUAGCAUGGACUGAAAAGAACUGUUACCCUCUCUCUACUCUGCUUUCUGAUAAGGUCUUUGCCUUUCGCCCAGUCUCCUCCUCCUGUGGAUCAUUACAAAGGGGCUGGCAGAGAUCAGCCAAAGAUCUGAAACAAUGGCUGUUCCACACUGUGAACAAGCUUUGGCUUCACAUCCCUGCACACUGUGAUACUUUGACGUACCAUGAGGUGCCCUAUGAUUUUAGAAGUAUGAUUGGCCAGCUGGGUGCCAGGGUAUCAGGUGUUUAAGUAGAGCUUGUGAGUCUGUGAGGUUAACCCAGACACAGCUAACUUAAUGAGAGGGCUUGCCCGUCGAUGGACUGCGAGUCAUGGCUGGGUGUCCACCGGGUAGCUGGUCACUGUUUGUCUGGCUACGUGGAAACGAAGUGCUUGACAGAAAGGUACUGUGUAUUCACCGGCUUAAGUGCAAAGUAUUUGGGGGUCAAACUGAUCCAAGCCUUUUGUAAAACUGCACUGAGCUUUAAGGUGUGUUUUAAUCUGAAGCUGCAAAGCAGUGGUGGGGAGCAGACCAGCAAUUUCUGCUAUGGAGCAAAUGCUCGGUGGGCACACAGCCUGAGGCCAAAGAUUGCAGAAAGAACGAGAGAAUGUCACAAAAUCUAAAUCUAUUCAAGCAAUAAGAAAUCUACUCCCUGGAUUAUUUUUUAUGUAACGCAUAAACACUUGUGCUGUACUUUCUUUCAAAUGAUCUUUUCUUUUAUAGUUUACAUUGUUGUUUUUCAUGUUUGUGAUUUUUUUCUUUCUGUUAAGUCAAAAGACUUGUAGUAGAUCAGAGAUUAGAUCAUGUAGCCUGCAUAGCUCUUGGUAGUGUAAAAUGAGACUUUUAUCAAAUUGAAAGAAGUCCAACCCAUUCAGGAUUCAAAAAUCUUCAGUUUAGAAAUGUGUGUGUGUGUGUGUGUCGCCUUGCCGUUUCCAAACUCAAAAGGAUAACCACACUAAAUAGGUAGAGACAAGAAGGAUACAAAUAAUUUUACACCCAAUCCAGUUGAUUGAAAAAUAGUGCUUUUAAAAAAGAUCAAUUCAGGUUCCUCAGAUUUACAUGCCCAGCAUGGAGCCUGAUUUAGGCAUGUCACAACUGCUUUCUUUUGUGAAGUUAACAUGCAAGGGAAAUUUGUGGUGAGAAGCAUUAGAAAUAAUGUGUAUUGAUUAGUGCCCUUUUUAGAGGAAUGCCAAAUUCUAUCUGACUUGCUCUGCCGAUUGUCUUUAUUGUGAGAAUCCUUUCAAUCAAACUGAUCUUACAUGGCUUGUCUGCCACCUACUGAAUUUUGCAACCUUAAAAAUAGAUCAAUUUAUCAGACACUGAUGAGUUACCAGUACUGAUGUUUCUGCCUGGUUCACAGUUAAUGAACCUAUGCCAUUUCGGGACUUUGAAACACUUGUAUGCCUUAAAUAACAAAUGAUCCACAGUUUUAUACAUGAACGUAAAUGUGCAGUGUGCAUUGAUCUUAUGGUUGGUUCAUAAGUUCAGGGAUCGGAGGACAUGCCAUGGAGGCACUGGUUUAAUGGCCAUACAAAUCAACAGUAAGAGCGCAAUAAUGCUUUCUUUACGGAAAGGUUUUAUGAAGCCUGGGUUUUGACAACAAUUAGUCCAAAUGAUUUCCAGCAUCAUUUAAAUGCUGAUAUUUGAACUCCGCCAAAUUAAAACCAGAAUGAACAGUUGUGAAAAAAUUGCUGGCUUUUCCAUUACAACCUGCUGCAUUUGUAUCAUUUAGUCCAACCUUACUAAAGAAAGUGCACAUUUAAUGUUUCAUGAAAGAUAUCUGUUCAUUUUCCAUUUCAGCUGUAACAUCUCAACAUCUUUGUAUCUGCGCUCACUGUAUGUAGGGGAGGACAUUCAUUGUCAAAAGUUGGAUAUGGGCCUGCAACAGUAAGGAUUUGUGGAACUAAAACACUGUUCCUUGGUACUGUGUUUAGCUUUUUAAAUGAGAGAUUUGUAAUGAUUUUAAAUGAAUAAGUUAAAGCUCAUUUUUGAACUUCCAGUUUAGUUCAGCUACAGUCAUUCACACCAAUCCGUCUAGUUGUUGAUGUCAGUGUUAUAUUAAACUUGAAGAGCUCAAAAUAACAUUUGAAUACCCUUUAAUAAACACACUUCAUAAAGACCACUGA